AUGGGUGGCCUGCCCCCUCCGCCGCCUCCUAUGCCCAAUCGCGACUCGGGCUACUCCUCAGGCGUGCCGGCUCUCCCAGCUGUAGACUCUGGCCGCUCUGCAGUGCUUGACGGCAUCCAGAAAGCAGGUGGUAUCGGGGCGCUCAAGAAGGUGGAUAGGAGCCAGAUUCGUGACCGAAGUGCUGCCCAAGUCGGUGGGAGCAAUGACACGGGACCGCACGGAAGUGGCCUGCCGCCGGCUGGUGUGGCGCCGGGCGGCGGCGGCGGUAUGGCAGAUGCGUUGGCGGCGGCGUUGCAGAAGCGGAAGGAGAAAGUUAGUCGGAGUGACGACGAGGACGAUGAUGACGACUGGUAG